AUGGGUGAGGCCCGCUGGGUAGAUAGCAAGACACCGUUUUCGGAUGGAGGUGUUGCCUUGAUUACUGUUAGCGUGGUACUUUCGGUGGUGCAGAUGGUGUUUGUGGCUGCGCGGUUCUACACUCGUUAUAUGCAGCGGAUGAGAUGUGGGCUGGAUGACUAUGUCAUGCUCAUCGCUUUGGCUGGAAGUCUGGCAAAAGCUAUCAUCUACAUUGUCUUGGUUCAUAUAGCAGGACUUGGAUAUCACCUCGAUGAAGUUACCCAUCCAGAACAGAAAGUAGCCCUCAUCAGAAAGUUCUUCUUUGUCCUCGAGAUCCUUGAUCUCCCUCUCUGCAUAACACCCGCCAAAAUCUCUCUACUGCUCUUUUACAUGCGCAUCUUCCAUGUUCGCAAAUUCCGGAUCUUCACCUAUCUAGUAGGAUCCCUCGUGCUGGCAAUUGGCAUCACUGUAUUCUUCCAAACGAUCUUCCAGUGCUCACCCAUAUCUUAUGGCUGGGAUUUGAGCGCUGGCCAUGGGAAGUGUAUUGACCAGACCACAUUUUACCGGUAUAUCUCGCCGUUCAAUGUUCUAACGGGCAUUUUGAUUCUUGCUAUGCCCUUGCCAUUGGUGUGGAAAUUGCAAGCACCCAAGGAGGAGAAGUUUGCUCUAACGAUCGUUUUUCUGCUGGGUGGGCUGGGAUCCGUGGUGAGCAUACUACGGAUGGUGAAAUACAUGCAGAAUUCGCCGACGCAACUCAGUGAUGUCACCUGGUUCUCCAUUAAUUUAGGCAUUCCCACCGUUGUGGAAGGCGCAGUCAUAAUCAUCGCCUCCUGUUUAGUGACUAUUUGGCCACUCGUCAUCCGCCUCACCCCCCGCCGCCUCAGAGCUGCGCUGUCAAGCUCUUUCUCCCGAACCCCAGAGCAUCAUACAGUCUGGUAUAAUACGGCACAAUUUGACACCCAAAGAAGUGCUGUUCUCACACCCUCCGAAGCAAAUAGUAAUAGAACAGACUCGAAAAGUAGCUGGUACGGCUCACAUUGUUCCUUUGAAGAUCUAGAAGACCAGCGGUGGUGGGAUUUUGAAGAAAGGGAUACAAUCUGCGAUUCAUCAAUCAGCGCUAUCUGA